UCCCAGCAUCGAGCAGCUCUGAGCAUCCUCAAGGUACCACGGGCGCAUUGAAUUAGCUGCAUCCCGGAGGAGGCACAGGGAGCGGAGCCGUCUGCAGGGCGUCCGGGGCACCUGGGCACACAGGGGAGCCCAUCCCAGAGUCUCUCCAGGUCUGGCAGCGACCGUCGAAGGGUCCCCAUGAAGGGCGAAACCCCCGUCAACAGUACAAUGAGCAUCGGGCAGGCCCGCAAGAUGGUGGAGCAGCUCAAGAUUGAGGCCAGCAUGUGCCGGAUAAAGGUAUCCAAGGCAGCAGCUGACCUGAUGACAUACUGUGAUGCUCACGCCUGCGAAGACCCACUCAUCACCCCGGUGCCCACCUCCGAGAACCCGUUCCGUGAGAAGAAGUUCUUCUGUGCCCUGCUCUGAGCCCUACCUGCCCCACCCCUCAGCUACAGCCACCGUGUAACCCCCACUCCUAGCCUCUCCCCACACCCUGCCCGGGUGAUCGGGCAGGACUUCCCAGGUAGGGCCUGACCCCCCUAAAACCAGCUUUGGAGCUGGGUGUUUGGCUGGAACCACUCCCUCCACCCACCCAAACUUCCACAGACAGGGCACCUACCCGAGCACAAGUCCCCAAAGCCCCUCCCCUUCAGGGGGAACCCACCCCACACACCUCAAAUCAGGAGAGAGUAUCACACCUCACCCUGGCAGGAGUCACACCAAGUCCUGCUCCCCUCUCCACGCCUGGGGCAGCUGAAGCUGCAGGCCCAUCCCUAGCAGUGUCACACCAGCCACAACUCACCCCAUUUCCAUUAGAGGGGGAGGGUGUCAGCUCCCAGACUGCUGAUCCUGGGUGCCAAAGGGGGAAAGAGGCCCAUCCCCUACUCCCAGGGCUGGUGGGGCAGCGCCCAGAUUGCAGGGCUCAGCCGCUCCACACAAUGUAAACUGAGACCUUGAGAAUAAAGUAACAGGAGGCACAGA